AGGCGCGGUCCUCCAGCGUCUAGACCUGCCCGGAGGAACGCCGGAAGUGGACCGAGUUGGCCGGAAGUGAGCGCAAAGCCACAGUCUGGAGAUGAAGCCGGCUGUGGAUGAGAUGUUCCCCGAGGGCGCGGGACCCUACGUGGAUCUGGAUGAGGCUGGAGGUAGCACCGGGCUCUUGAUGGACUUGGCAGCCAAUGAAAAGGCAGUUCAUGCAGACUUUUUUAAUGAUUUUGAAGAUCUCUUUGAUGAUGAUGACGUCCAGUGAGGCCGUCCAGCCAUGCAUGCUCCACAUUUGUGAUGUGACUGUAGAGACCUUGUGAUGAUCACUCAAAAUCAGGACCUGGUCAACCAAGGGAGGGGACUGUCUGAACCAACUGGGCGCUGAUGUCUCUGAGGAUGCCAGCCCUUUGUA